GUUUCUAGAAUUUUAGCAGUUUUGACAGAAAGACUUGAAAAAUCAAAAAGAUAUGAAGAGUUUGUCUCAGCUUUCACAGCAAGUCAUUCCGAUGAUGAAAGAAUCGCUUGCCUUUAUAAUUUAGAGGAAACUCAAGAUCUUUUUACAACAGAGGAAAAUUUUAAAGUUAAGUGUAAAAGAGAAGCUGAAAUACUCCGAGCUGAAGGAAACGGGCGCUUUAAAGUUGGUGACUAUCAAGGUGCAAUAAGUUGGUACACUCAAAGUAUUAUCAAAGCCCCUGAUGACUCUGAAAAUUUGUCUUUGGCUUUUAACAAUCGAUCCACAGCAAACUUUUACUUAAAGAAUUAUGCCCUGUGCUUGCAGGAUAUUGAAUUGGCUUUUUCACACAACUAUCCGUCAAAGUCAUGUUACAAGCUGUACCAAAGAAUAGGACGUUGCAUGUACUACAUGUACAACAAAGAGGAAGCCAUCAAAGCCUUUCAGCAGACUAUUUCUGCUUUAGAAAUAGCCGACUUGGAUGAUGAAAACAAGAAAAGUAUGAUAGCAGACAUGCUUAAAGUCAUAGAGCAGUGUUCGUCCAUCAAGUCGCCACCCAUGAAUUUAUCGGUUAGCAGCUACAACUGUUGUCACAAGGGUAUUCCCUGCUUAGCGUCGGAGCCAAGCAAACACCUGCCAUGUGUGGCCGAUUCCAUUGAAAUAAAAUUGGAUAGCUACGGUGGGCGGGGAUUGUUUGCCACCAGAAACAUUGAAGUAGGGGAGGUUGUUAUUGUAGAAACACCUUAUUCAUCUGCUCUGCUGAAAGAUUUCAACUUGACCCACUGCCAGUAUUGCUGCAACAGAGUUAACUUGGCCGUGCCUUGCAAAUAUUGCAGCGCAGUAGUUUUCUGCAGCUUACAAUGCAGAAAUGCAGCUUGGUGGAAAUUUCAUUGGGCAGAGUGUAAAGUUUUGGAGAAUUUGCAGGACUCAAAAGGAGAUUUGUCUUUCCUUUCAAACCGCAUGGUUUUAUCUGCAGGGUUUGAGGAACUGAUUAAGCUGAGAGAAUCACGUGUUGAAGUAUGUCUACGAAAUGCUGGCUUUGAUGAGGAAGGAGUUUACAACUCUGAGGAUUACCGUUCUGCUUACAGCCUUGUUAACCAUGCAGACAAACGAACAUUCAAUGAUCUACUCAACAGAUCAAUUUCUGCUCUCUACUAUCUGAAAUAUUUGGAGUUUAUUGGAUUUUUCUCACCAUCCGUAACAAAAAACAAGAAAAUGUGUGCCGAAAGUCUGACUGAGGAGAAAACAGAUUCGCCAAGUGCUGAGCAAACACUCCAGCACAAAUAUUGCAUUGGCGGCCACCUUUUGAGAAAUUCCAUGAUGCUACCUUGCAAUGCACAUGAAGUUUCUGAAUUUGCUUUGAUUCUUGCCAACCCAGCCAUGUCUACAACUACUGAGUUGGCAGCCGGGGCGUACCCAGUGCUCAGUCUGAUCAACCACUCAUGUGAUCCUUCCGUUGUCAGACAUUCAUACGGUAAUAUCUGUGUGGCAAGGGCCAUACGAAGCAUAACAGCCGGGGAGGAGCUUAAAGAUAACUAUGGUGCUCUUUACCCAACAAUGGAUUUAGAAACAAGGCAAACCAACCUGGCGGCUCAGUAUUUCUUUCGGUGUUCAUGUGAAGCGUGCCUGGGUAACUGGCCACAAUAUUUUGAAAUACAGUGUGACAGGCCCAUUUUUAGGUGUACAAGAUGCGAUGGUUGUGUCCCCAUCCCUGUGGGUAACUUGACGGAGUUGGCGAGAUGUUCCUCUUGUGGACAGAGUCAAGAUAUCACACAGAUACUUCUCCAAAUGGGAGAAAUGGAAGACUCGUAUAAGAAUGCCCUGACAUCAGUCAUUGAAGGCAACAAUAGCAAGAGUAACAUCACUACUUUAUUGACUUACUUAAAGUUUGUUGAGAGACAUGUCCAUCGACCUUGGAGAGACAUCAAUGAUUGCCAGGAGGCCUUCAAACAGUGUUUGAACAUGCAUGCCAAUUGUUAUCCUGUUUAGAGGCUAUCUUCUAGCAGAUGAAUUAUGAAUCAAAGAUUGGUUAUGUUGCUGCUUUAUUUAUUAAUCUUAGUUCUUCUCCCUUGCAAACAAAAACAAUUUUGUGUGUGUGUGUUUUUGGUACUUUAUAUACAGAUCUUUUGUUUGACAAGGGACAAUAAAUAUAUUACAUAUAUAUUAUAUAUUGCUAUAUAUAUAUGAUUUUACAUAUCUAUAGUAACUGAUGCAGUGCAAUUUUAUAUUUUUAAGCAUGCUUUAAAAAAAUUUGUGUGACUUGUUUUAAAAGUCUUUAAUAUGUUUUUCAUUGACCCAUUCUCUAUGUCUUUUCUUGUAUUGGAAUCAAAAGAGUUGGGACAGUUCAUGAAAAGCCCGAUUUAAAAUAUGGCCUUUGAUAAAGAUAGCCUAUAAAGAUUUAAUGUAUUUUGUGAACUUUUUUUGUAAAUUUGUUAUAGUUGCUGAUGUUGAUUGUAGCUGCCUGUCAUCUCAUCUUGAUUAUAGAUCUGGAUAAUACCAAAGCAUGUUGCCUCUCCGAACUGAUGGUAUAAAGAUAUAGAAUUUUCACUUAUUAUAAGUUAACUACAACUUGUUAAUUUCUAGUUUGUAAAUCUCUGAA